AUGAAGGGAGUCAUGAGAUUUGGCAAGAGGGGGAAGUUGAGCCCAAAGUUUAUAGGACCUUAUGAGAUCACAGAGAAGGUAGGAAAGGUCGCUUACAAACUAGCAUUACCCAAUGAGUUGGGUAAGGUCCAUGAUGUGUUUCACAUUUCGCAGUUGAAGAGAUAUGUUCCCGAUAAAUCUCAUGUGCUAGAUCCCGAACCCUUAGAUCUGGAUGAGAAUCUAUCUUAUGAAGAGAAGCCUAUCAAGAUCUUAGAUUCUAAGGUGCGUAGUACGAGGAGAAAAGAUAUAAAGAUGGUGAAAGUUCUAUGGGCUAACCAGCGCACACAGGAGGCAACGUGGGAAACUGAGGAUUCCAUGCGUGAGAAAUACCCACACCUUUUUCCUGAGGUGCCCGGUUCAUAAGAGGGGCGUAAGAACCCCUUCGAAGCGAUUUUUGUGGCUUUUCAUCUUGCAGUGCAG